CAUGCUGAAAGCUUCUCGCGUUCACCUAGCGAAGCCCACGACGACGAGGCUACUGCUGCGGUCACCGAGGAUUCGAUGACUACUAGGACUGUGUCGCAUGACGGAGCGAGUUCUGGCUACUACAGUAGAAAAAUGGUCCCUCAAACUCAAUUAAGGCUGCUCAACACUAUUCAUUUGUAACGGUCAUUCUCUUUCUCAACGUUCUUUUCUGUUUUCCAUUUCCUCUACUUAAAAGAGAAUGAUAACGAAGGGAAGAAGUGAAUUGCUUUGGGCUCUAACUCAAGAAGAACAUCGUGCUCGUGGUGUUAGCGUGGACGACCACUUAGAGCCAGACUCCUGCACAUCCAAGAACCAAAUAAAGCGCUCCGUUUCCGCAUCUGGCCCAACUUCUGCUGACUACGUAGUUGCUCCGCAUACCACAAGUACUACUGCAGCUAAGAACGCUAGAUCAUUAACAUCCACUCGCGUAGGUCUUGAUUACCUACCUAAUCAUGUUAGGGAAGAUGAUCAAGAAGUUUUUCAAGAACUAGAUGAAGAUCCUCUUGUCGUGCAGUAUCAAGGUGCCAAUACGACAGGUCGUUCCAGUCGGAUAAAUGCCUUAGCAUCCAAGAUAUUAGCUGGUAUCAUUAAGGCUUGUUCUUUUAUUGGUCGUCGUCGCCGUCGUCAGAGCCAGCAUUAGCUCUCGGGAUGAUUAUAAUACCGCCCACGUGCCCCCGGCGUGUACACACGCCGGGGCAGGGCGGAAGGGUCUGGCAAAUGCUACGAGUUACAUAAAAUCCAUACGGCCUACCGGCGUGCUACGAAUUACGUAAAGAGUGGCGGGCUAUGGAAUAAGCAAAGCAGCCCUGCCCCGCGCUACAAGCUACUACGUGCUACAUAAACCCCCACCCUGGCAGCACCCGAAACGCCCAAAAGGAACUACUUCGAACGAAUGAGGCAAACGGGUAACCAAAUACAUACGCCGAGAGUCAAAUCCUUGAGCAGAUCACUCCAGGCCUGCUGUUUUCGGUUCUCAGCGUAGUGGCUGGGCGAAGCACUGCAGUCGACUCCGCUCACCGUGAGAACCUCGCGCGCCCCCUGGCCCGGGUUUUGGGCGUGGGUCCCCUACUCUUGGAGUGUGUUGCGUCUCCGGCUGGCAUGGCAGUGCCACGAGGGGGGCCCCAGGCUUGUCGCUUUCGGUUCUCCGCAUAGUGGGCGAAGCACUACGCCCGACUCCGCUCACCAUGAGAACUCCACCGUGGAUCUUUUCCGUGGAGAGAACUAGGGGCCGGCCCCGUUCUACUCUCGGCCUGUUUGCGGGGUUUUACUCUUUGCGCCGUUUUGGGUUUUCCAUCCAAAUCACGCAGCUUUAUGGUGUCGCGUUGCUGCCUACGUUUCAGCUGCUUCGCGUUUGCUCUCUGUGAGCCAUUUACCCUCCCAAGCUUACGGCGAGUUGCGCCCUAUCGCUUAGCUUCCCUAUCUGCUUCUGGCUUUCUCGAGAGGUGUGGGCAUGCGUCAUCUCAAGGCUUUGAUCUAAGUGAACAAGAACAACGCCACGCGAGCAGUGCUGUGCGGCUUUCAUGUGCUUGGGCGAUGCAAUCUGUGAGCCGCUUGAGCUUUCUGAUCAGAAAGCAGGCCCAAGCCUAUGGGCUUGCUGGUUACUUGUGGCUUACUCGAGAGGCCUUGUCCUUUGCGUCCAUUCUUUUCUGAUCCAAAAAGCGCAGCGCGAUGAAGUUGCUGCGUACUUGUGAGCUGCUUAAGAGGUCCCACCCUUUGGCUCAGUUCAAGACCCUCAUCCAAACGGCGCAACGCUGUGAAGCUGCUGGCCCUUUUGACUUGCUGGGAAGGUCUCACCCUCUGACCCAGCGCAGGCACCCUACCCAAAAGGCGCAGCUUUAUGAAGUUGCUGCUUACUUUUGAGUGACCUGCUUGAAAGGUCUCAGCUUUUGACUCUGCUCAAACCUCCCACCCAAAAAGCGCAGCUGUAUGAUAUUGCUCUCUACUUUUGACCUGCUUGAAAGGUCCCAGCCUUUCAGUCAGCUCACUCAGAGGUCUUCCACAAUCAAAGGGCGCAACUCUAUGAAAUCGCUGCCCACUUUUGACCUGCUGGAAAGGUCUCGCUCUUUGGCCCAGAUCUGGCCAGCUUGGUUAUUCAAGGCGCGCAGCUUUAUGGAAUUGCUGCCCACUUUUGACUUGCUUGAAAGGUCCCACCUUUUGACCAAGCUCGGGCACCCUAUCCAAAAAGCGCAACGCCAUGGGGCUGCUGUCUGCUUUUGGCUUGGCUUGCUUGAGAGGUCCCGCCUUUUGCCUUUCUUUGCUCAAGCUCCUUGCUCAAAAAGCGCAAUCUACUUCAUGAAGCUGCUGCCUACUUUUGGCCUGCUCGUAAGGUCCCGCGCUUUCACUCAGUCAAGUCAGGCGCCUUACUCAAAGAGCGCAACUCUAAGAAAUUGCUGCCCACUUUUGACCUGCUUGAAAGGUCCCACCUUUUGACCCAGCUCAGGCCACUCAGGCAUCCUAUCCGAAGCGCGCAGCUUUAUGCGAUUGCUGUCGUCUACUUUUGGCCUGCUUGAAGGGUCCCACCUUUUCACUCUGCUCCAGCCUCUUAUGCAAAGCGCGUGGCUUUAUGCGUUUCCUGUCUAUUUUUGACCUGCUUGAAAGGUCCCACCCUUUGACCCAGCUCCCGCCCCUUAUCCAAAGAGCGCAACGCCAUGAAGUUGCUGCCUCCUUUUGAGCUGCUUGAAAGGUGUCGCCCUUUGACUUAGCUCAGACCUGUUGCCCAAGGAGCGCAACUCUAUACCGUUGCUGUCUGCUUUUGAGCUGCUUGAAAGGUCUCACCCUUUGACGUCGCUCAGACUCCUUAUCCAAAAAGCACAACUCUAUGAGAUUGCUGUCUACUUUUGACCUGCUUGAAAGGUCUCACCCUUUGAGCCAGCUCAGACCUCUUAUCCAAAAAGCGCAACUUUAUGAGAUUGCUGUCUACUUUUGAUCUGCUUGAAAGGUCCCACCCUUUGAGCCCGCUCAGACUCCUUAUCCUAAAAGCGCAAACCUAUGGGAUUGCUGUCCGCUUUCGAGGUGCUUAAAAGGUCCCAGCCUUUUAGUUUGGGCCAGCUCAGACUCCUUAUCCAAAAGGCGCAGCUUUAUGAAGUUGCUGUCUACUUUUGACGUGCUUGAGCGGCCCCAUCCUUUGAGUCAGCUCGAAAUCCUUAUCCAAAGCGCGCAGCUUUAUGAAGUAGCUGUCUACUUUUGACCUGCUUGAAAGGUCUGACCCUUUGAGCCAGCUCAGGCGCCUGACCCAAAAAGCACCCAGGUGCUAACUUGCUCAGCGUGCAGCUGCUGGGUGCUUGCCUCUGUUUGCAUUUCUUUGCUUGCAUGUGGGUCCUUUUUGUAGCACAUACGCAGACGCAGCGGAUUUUCUUCAUGAGAUGACUGGCCCCAGGCUGAGGCGCUUCGCUCUUCGUUUAUUUUUGUCCAUGCAGCGCAGUCCUUGGCUUGUGCUGUUGGUUCAGGGUUUUGAGGUACUGCCGAAAGCCUUAGCAGGAGCAGAAUCGCGGGAAAGUUGUACUCAAAAACGCGGCAUUUUUACGGCGCGAGAUGUAUACAUCUAGCCCGUACAUCUUUCCCAUGAUUUCCGUACAUCUCAAAAAAGUGGAAUUUUGGAAACCUACUAUGAAUCGCCCCGGUGUAAGUACAUCUCAAGAGUACAUCUUUCCCGUGAUUUACGUAUAAGAUAUAUAUCUCGAGAUAUAUAUCUCAGACGUAUACAUCUCACCCGUACAUCUUUGCCAUGAUUUGCGUACAUCUCAAGCCGUAAAUUCGCUCCUGUUUAGCAUUCAAAAUAAGUUUUGGUUUAUAAUAUAGAUAAUUAUAGUAUAGAAAGAAAUACUAAUACUCAUUAUAUUGAAAUUGAAGUUGAGAUACUAUAUUAGGUGGUAGUGUUAAUAGUGAAUGGUUCUGGUAUUUGGUAACCUGAAUUUGAUCCUAAGGGAAAACAAGAAGAGAACCCUUAGGAUCAAACUCAGGUUACCAAAUACCAGAACCAUACAAAUAGCAUCCGCUCGUCGUGGUCGUCAACAACGUCAUCUGGAAUGCUUUUCGAGAUCUUAGAGUCUUUGCUCUAAUGUUGCUUCUCCUGCCAAGCCAAACGAUGCAGGAAAUCAUAAAGCAGAUGGAAAUCCUCCGGAUCGAGGUAGUGUUUGGAACAUGAACACUGGUGCUAGUAGAGUGGACAGUAGCAGCACUGACACUGAGAGGUUAUGCCCCCCGGGAGAUAACCUUGUUUCUAGUGGGAGCAGAACGACCUCGUGGUGGGCAUCCGCGCUAUCGCGCUAUUGGACGGGUGGGCAAACUGAAGAAAACAAGCAAUUAGACAACCAC